ACAGUGUGGAGGAUGGACUCAACUUAUAGUGGCAGCCUUUACUUUGGAAGUUGUAUGAGAUGCAGUAAAGCGGUGUACGGCGCAGGGAGAGGCUGCCGGGCCAUGGGACAGUUAUUCCACGACGCCUGUUUCAUCUGCAGCGUCUGUAGUGAAAAGCUGAGCGGCAAACCCUUUUACUCGGUUUCCGGUGGAAUCUAUUGUGAGAAUGACUUUUUGUAUUCAGGAGUUCAUCCAGCCCCAGAAGUGUGUAACAGCUGUGGGGUUUUAAUCAUGGAUAUGGUGCUGCAGGCUCGUGGAAAGUCCUACCACCCGUGCUGCUUUCGCUGUGCAGUGUGCAGUCAGAGUCUGGAGGGUCAGCCCUUCACUGUUGACUCAGACGAUAAAGUGUACUGUGUCAGCGACUUCCACAGGCUCCAGGCCCCCCGCUGUGCCGCAUGCAGAGCACCGAUACUGCCAACCGAGGGAUCUACAGAAUGUGUUCGAGUAGUGUCAUGUAACCGAAAUUACCACGUAGAGUGCUACAGUGGUGAGAUUAACCUAAUUUAAGGAGUUUCACUUUCAUACAGUACAUGUUUCUGCUGGUCUUUGUAAAUGUACAGAACAUAUUUAUAUAUAUAUAUGUGAUUUAUGACUGCAAUAAAGUCACUGUGAACAUGCUCAAGUAGGGUUUGCACUUAUUUCCUCUUAGUC